UCAUUUUCGAGCACAGCUCCUCCCUGACCGACGACACUUGACCCUAGCAUUCUUGUCCUUGCAUCAUGGUUGUCUUGUCUGCCGCGCUCCUCUCAAAGAAUGGCAAAGUCAUGGUGGCCCGCCAGUUCGUGGAAGUGUCACGCAUUCGUCUCGAGGGCCUGUUGACCGCGUUUCCCAAGCUACUGGCGAGCGAGACGCGCCAGCACACGUUUAUCGACACGGAGAGCGUGCGUUACGUGUACCAGCCCAUCGAGUCGUACUUCCUCUUGCUCAUCACGAACAAGACGAGUAACAUUGUCGAAGACUUGCACACGAUGCAGCUGCUGGCCAAGUUGGUGCCCGACAUUUGCGGUCCGCUAACCGAGGCGCACAUCCGCGACAAGCAGUUCGACCUUGUGUUUGGGUUCGACGAGCUGCUGACGGCGGGGGGUCACGCCGAACAGAUCAACUUGCAGCAAAUCCGAACCAAUCUGGAAAUGGAGUCGCACGAAGAGAAGCUGCACCUGAUGAUUCAAAAGACCAAGCUCGAAAACGCGACCGCCGACCGCAAGCGCCAAGAGGUCCGGAUCAAGGAAGAGCAGCGCGAGAAGGCGCGGCAGGAGCGCGCGGCGGGCAUCUCGGCCAAGGCCUCGGGGUACGCUGGCUUUGGCAGCGGGUACGCGUCCCCCACGGCGGCGUCGUCGUCGUACUCGUCGCAGUCGUCGUUUGGUGCGUCUACCCCCAAGGAGUACACUCCAGAGCCUCUCAAGGCCCCGGCGCCAUCCUUAUCGUCCAAGUCUUCAGGCAUGAAGUUGGGCGGGGGAAGCAAGCAGGGCAGCAGUUUCCUGGAUGCAAUGGCCGCAGAAGACGACCUCCAGGACAUCCCGCCGGUGACGUCGGCGGCAUCGAGCAUCGCCGCCGAGCCCAAGCUGCCAGACGCGGUCGGGAGUACCGAUCCAGUGUCUCUAGCAAUCGAAGAAAAGGUGUCGGUGCAGCUCAACCGCGACGGCGCCGUCGAACAGCUUGAAGUCAAGGGCAGCUUGUUCGUCGCAGGCCAUGACCCCGACAGCUCGGCGUGCCGACUGCACUUGCGCCAUUCGUCGGCCAACGGCGUCAAUUUUCAAACGCACCCUAAAGUGGACAAGAAGCUGUUUGAAGCGCAGUCGAUUUUGGCGCUCAAGGACGACACCAAGCCGUUUCCGCCAUCCCGCGUCGCCGUGUUGCGAUGGGCGAUCAAGACCCAAGACGAGGCGUUCCUCCCUCUCAACAUUACAUGCUGGCCCGAGGAAGAGUCCAACGGAAAGGUAGAGAUAUCGAUCUAUCUAUAUAUAUAUAUAUAUUCGUGUGAUUUGUGCCGGGUUGGAUAUGUUUUGUCUUGUGUGUGUGAUGAUCAUCUACCUAAGCAACAUCUAUCUAAGCAACAUGGUCUCUCAACGGUUGGUUGAAGCGAACAAAAUCGCCGGACCUGUGAAAUAUGAUAGAAAACCAAGUUUAACGAGACGACCGUGAGCUUGGAGUAUUCGAUGGAUCGCGACAACAUGGUGCUGGAGAACGUUGUGAUUCAAAUUCCCACGGGGGUGGUGGACCCGCCGCACGUGUCGCAAAUCGACGGCGAGUACCGUCACAACCCGACCGACCACGUCGUACUGUGGCGCAUCCCGUCCAUCUCGUCGUCGAACAACUCGGGGUCCCUCGAAUUUACCAUCCGCGGCACCAACUUGGACGCGUACUUCCCCAUCCAAGUGUCGUUUUACUCGCGCACGACCUACUGCGACUUGGCCGUGGACCACGUGCUUAAAACUAGCGAUCAAAGCCCUGUCCAGUAUGGAUUUGACCAGCUCCUGUCGACAGAGUCCUAUGUGGUGCAAUAGUAGAGGGACGUACAACGUCUCAUAUUCGCUGCUGCUGCUAUAACACGAACAUUCGAUAUUGAGUAGUCCGUCG